AUGGCUUCUGGUGCUUCCAUACCAGCUCAACAGGAUGUUCUUGUAGAAGAAAUAGAUCAGGUAAGGAUAGUCACUUUGAACAGACCAAAGCAAUUGAAUGCUAUCUCACCUAACCUGGUUUUUCUGCUAGCAAAGUAUUUGGAAAAUUGGGAGAAAGAUGAGAAAGCAGAGCUAAUCAUCAUGAAGGGAGCUGGUAGGGCUUUCUGUGCUGGAGGAGAUUUGAGAGUAUUCUAUGGUGGCAAGAUCACAAGGGGAGAUUCAAAUCUUGAAGUUGUCUACAGAUUUUACUGGCUUUGCCAUCACAUUAGUACCUAUAAGAAAACUCAGGUUGCUCUUGUGAAUGGAAUUUCAAUGGGUGGAGGUGCAGCAUUGAUGAUCCCUUUGAAGUUCUCAGUCGUAACAGAAAAAACAGUUUUUGCCACUCCUGAAGCAAGUUUUGGAUUUCAUACUGAUUGUGGUUUCUCAUACUACCAUUCUCGUUUGCCAGCGAAUUUAGGAGAAUAUUUGGCACUUACGGGAGCGCGAUUGAAUGGAAAGGAAUUAGUUGCAGCUGGACUAGCAACACAUUUCGUCUCUUCUGAGAAAAUUGGUGAGCUAGAGAAGCGCUUGAUUAGCUUAAAUUCUGGUGAUGAGAAUGCUGUGAGAUCAGUAAUUGAAGAAUUUUCUUCAGUGGUUAAACUUAAUGAAGACAGUAUCUUAAACAAGAAAUCAAUAAUCGAUGAGUGCUUUUCAAAGGAUUCUGUUGAAGAAAUUAUUAAAUCGCUGGAAGCUGAAUCAAGCAAGGAAGGAAAUGGAUGGAUAGGUCCAGUUUUGAAAGAAAUGAAAAGAACAUCACCUACUGCAUUGAAAAUAGCAUUAAGAUCGGUUCGUGAAGGAAGGAAUCAAUCCCUUUCUGAAAGUCUCAAAAAGGAAUUCAGAUUAACGAUGAAUAUACUCCGAGCUACGAUAUCUGAGGAUAUGUACGAGGGUAUUAGAGCUCUCACCAUUGACAAGGACAAUGCUCCAAAGUGGGAUCCUGCAACACUUGACAAAGUAGAUGAUGAGAAAUUGGACUUAAUCUUUAAGCCUUUUGACAAGGAAUUGGAGCUUCAGAUUCCAGAAAGUGAAGAAUGCAGGUGGGAUGGUAAAUAUGAGAAUUCAGCUUAUGCUAUUCCGAACAGAGAAACACCAAUAUCAACUUAG